UAAAAAAUGAAGACUAGGAAUUCUAAUAGAUAAAAGCAGAGAGAAGACUUGUCUGUCACUUGUUAAGAGGUAUUAACCACAAAAUUCUCAUAAAUAUGUCUUCCUUUAUAUAAUUUAUUUAUACACUAUUAAAUAGAAUGUAUCUCUGAGUGAUUACCCUCUUCCUAGUGAAUUCUAAACACCAAUUAAGAGAAGAGGACCAAUACAUAAGAAACCUAAAUAGGUAUUAAUGAUAAUAAUUAUAAGACAAUCAUUAAUUUGAAAAAACACAAAUCUUAAAGAUAAUUUAUCUGCUAUGAUGAUAAAGAUUUAAAUAUUCCAUAGGAAUACCAAUCAAUCCUAUAAAAACAUGUAAAUAUUAUAUUAAAUAUAAAAUAAGAAAUCUGAUGAUGAUAGAGAAUCCGAUGAAGAAUAAAUUAAAUAUGCCAUUAACUACUUGUAUAAAGACUUAUUAUAAUGUUUGGAAAAAGAAAAAAAUUGAAUUAUUAAAUUUAUAAUGCUCAC